UUAUGUACGCAAGUUGCGGGAGUCUUGAGUCUGUCUACCCUGCGGUGGUAUCUGUGGGCGAACGCCGAGGUCCCAGGACAAUCAGAGGAGUUUUACGACACCCUUUCUCCUGGAAACGCCCGGCUGACUCUGUGACGAAUGGUUAAUGGCGGGGAAGACGAGGAACGAGGCAAGCAGUAGCAGAAGUGGGAGCGGUGGGAGUAACAGAGGCGAAAGCGUGGUGGUGGAUGUGGGCAGGCGGAGAAGCACUUGUGGGUAUUGUAGAUCCGGUGCUCGCACCAGUAUUUCUCAUGGUUUAUGGGCACAUAGCAUUACAGUUGAUGACUACCAAGAUCUUCUUGACCGAGGUUGGAGAAGAUCUGGCUCAUUCCUUUACAAACCCGAGAUGGAAAGGACAUGCUGCCCUUCUUAUACUAUCCGUCUGAGAGCAGAUGAUUUUGUUCCUUCUAAAGAGCAGCUUCGAGUUUCUAAACGAAUGCAAAGGUUUCAAGAUGGAACUUUGAGUGUGAAAAAACAAGAUAAAAUCAAUGAUGGGCCUAAAACUUCAAAGAGUUCAGGCAGCAGUAUCCAUCAUGAAGUUUCAGGCUCAGCAGCAAAGGGGACAUUGGCUGGUAAGGAUGAAGAGAAGAAUAAGGUGGAAGCAUUUAUGCAUUAUUUGUCAGACCAAAUUGAUAAUGCAGUAUGUGCAUGCACUGAAAGCGGGGAGUUCCUUUGUGACAUCCAAUUACCAAAAGCUUCUGUCAAAAUGGUUUUGCCAGCCAAAAGAAAACUACAAGUGGAAGGAUCAGAAGAUCUUUUAUACUCCAGCAACAUUUCAUUUCAGAUAGCAGCCACUUUAAGGAAGGCACAAUCAGCUGAGAAGGAUAUGCCCCAUUCAAAGUUGUCAAGACAUAAUGCGGAAGAAGAUGUGUCAUCUAUUGCAUUUUUACCAAAAACCAUUGCAGAAAAGUUGGCCAGUUCUUUAAAUCAUAUGGCGAAAGUCUCUGGUAUGUUGAUAAGAGCUUGCAAUGGGCACAUUAAUUUCUAUUCUGCUAGAAAAGGUAAUUUUCUGAGUGAAGGGAUUCAAAUAGUUAAUGGUGCUAAGGAAUCCCCCACUGGAAGUGGAAGUGAGGGAGGUUGUUUGAAGAAGAGCUCUGAAUGUCCUCAGGGUAAACGACGGAAGCUUGAAAUCCGUCUGAAAAGGUCCAGUUUUGAUCCAGAAGAAUUUGCCUUGUACAGAAGAUAUCAGAUUAAAGUGCACAAUGACACACCCGAGCAUGUCAUGGAAAGCUCAUACAGGAGAUUCCUUGUUGAUACUCCCUUAGUAUUUGUUCCACCAACUGGUGAUGACACGGUUCCCCCUUGUGGCUUUGGCUCUUUCCAUCAGCAAUAUGUGAUAGAUGGCCGGCUAGUUGCUGUUGGUGUCAUAGACAUCCUUCCUAGAUGUUUGUCAAGUAAAUAUUUAUUCUGGGACCCAGACCUUGCUUUUCUAUCACUAGGAAAGUACUCAGCCCUGCAAGAAAUAGAUUGGAUAAAAGAGAAUCAAGCUCAUUGUCCAAGCCUUCAAUACUAUUAUCUUGGCUAUUACAUUCACUCUUGCAGCAAGAUGAGAUAUAAAGCAGCAUAUCGCCCAUCUGAGCUUCUCUGUCCUCUUCGUUACCAGUGGGUUCCAUUUGAUAUUGCCAGGCCUUUACUUGAUAGGCAGCCAUAUGUUGUCUUGUCAGAUUUUGCUGUCUUACAAAAUGGAGAGUCCACACCACAUGUUCCUGAAAAUCUCAUGGAAAUGCAACAUAAUGGCCUUAAUGAAGAAGACGCAAAUGACAUUGAUGAUGAAGAAAUGGACGAUGCUGAUUUUGUAAAUUCUGAUGAUGAAUCAGAUUCAGAAGCCAAUGGUCCAACAUCAGUUGAAAUAGAAGAUGGUGAUGUUAGUAAUGUUUUGAUUGGAUUGAAACGAUCCUGUGUGAGGUUCAAGGAUCUGCAACAUGCUUUUGGUCCCAGUCAACGUGCUUACUUGGAAACACAGUUGCGCAGAUACAUGAGGGCUGUGGGUGCUGAGGUCGCUGGUCGAAUGGUUUAUUCCCUGGGGUGACUGAUUCUGUUUCUCAGAAGUCAGAUGAAUAUUCCAGAGAGAUUUGAAUUGCUGUCCAAAUCAUCUGUGGUGAUCAAAUUGGAGCUGAAAGGAAACUGCUGCAGAGUUAUUCGUUUCUUGGAUUCAAAAUUAUUUUUAUUUGCUGGAUUAAAUGAACUGGGAUUUGGAUGAGUGGUCUGGACUCUGAAUUUUUUUGUAGAUACAGAUUACAGGAUACAUUCUCAUCCAUGUUGGGAAAAUAAACCUACUUUGCCCUUCUGAAAUGAAAAUGGAAUACAUCUCCAACAAGUUUUACCUUUUAAA